GUGUGUAGCAACCAGUCGACGACUGAUCCAUCGAGAAGCUUCAUUGGAGAUCUAGAUAAUGACGGGAAAUGAGUUAGAAUUUCGAGAUUUUACCUUUUAAUGCCCAAUAACUCCUCCAGAAUGUAGCAUCAUAACUAUUGUUCUACUGUUUGCGUUCAUGGCGGCCCUGAGACCUAUGGCAGGCCAGAUUUGCGCGUCUUGUCAGGCACCGAUUUCACAAGGUCUGCGAAGUCAGCGGGCAACGUGCCCGACGUGCGCCCGGAGUUUCCCGGCGGCAGCUCGCCGUUCACCCGGUGCUGUACCGCUUGGCCCUAGCGGAGUCAGUGGUGACAUCGGGGUGUUUGACUCACAGCAGGGAACGACAGAGGGGGAAAAUGACAGAUUACCGUCGUUACGGACGCCUUCUGCUGACAAAAAUGACAAAGCCAACAAGGGUGGAAGAUUCUCUGGCAUCACCAGCUUCUUCAGCGCGCUGGGCGGGGGGAAGACUAAAGGAGACAAGAGCAAUGAACAGGAGAUGAACACCAAGGGGAGACCGUCAUCAGAGCAGGGCUUGCCUCCCAUCAAUGCUGGCCAAGCCAUGGUGUCACAGAGUGCUCCUAGCUUAGGAGGCAAGGGGGUUCGUAGGGGGAAGGAGGCAAUGCUGCAAGACUAUACACCUCUGACACUCAAGCAAUUCAAGGAGUGUUUGGCCAAGGCCAAAGAAUCUGAGAACUUCAAGAAAGUGCAGAGUUUCUAUGAGUUAGCGUUUAGCUCCUUCCCUCAUAUCAAUGGCACAUUCAUGGAAGCGGGUAAAGAUCCCAGGAGCACAGAAGACCCUGGUUUGUCCCAGGCAUACGUCGAGACAGUUUUCGCCAAUCUCCUGGAGGUACCUGAGGAGAUACAGAAAACCACGCUGAAAGCAAUCAUCAACAGCCUUCUCAAAGACAUGAAGAAGCCAAGAGACAAGAAUGAUUUGCGAGCCUAUCUUGUCCUUAUGCAGAAUCCUCAGUUUGGCCAGACCUCCACCUACGUCAUCUUCGCUCAUCUACUACGGCAGGUUGCUGGGCUCUGUGAUCAGGAUCAUCAUUAUCUGGUUCACUGGUUCAAAAGACUUCCAAAAGACAGCUUUAGGGACAUGGUCAAUCGUCUCAUUCAGUUCAUCUCCAUCCGGUUGUUUCCUCCCGAGCCUGCCGACCUGCCACCCAUCGGCAAAUGCUCCUGGUGGAUUCCUUCCGUCACCAAGGUCCUGGCCCUGCUCAAUGCGGCCAACUCGCUGACAGUCCCCAACAAGAUUGUCUACACCUGUUUCUACAACAACACCUUGGACCAUGUGGAUCUGAUGAAGGAAUACUAUGCUUGGCAGAACCCUAACAACUACCAAACAUUCACCUUUUGUCAGUACCCAUUCAUACUGAGUCUCCAGGCCAAGCGGACCAUCAUGCAGAAGGAUUCAGAACAGCAGAUGAUCAUGACUGCAAGGAGGAGUCUGGUAGCCAAGGUCCAGCAGAGGCAGAUGCCCAACAUGAACAUGUUGUUUCUGAACCUCAAGGUGCGCAGGUCGCAUCUGGUCUCGGACUCUCUACACGAGGUUGCAAGGAAGAAAGCUGACUUGAAGAAGAAACUUCGAGUGCAGUUCCACAACGAGCCUGGGCUUGACAUGGGUGGGCUGACCAAGGAGUGGUUUCUUCUGCUUCUCAGAAAGAUAUUCAAGGAGGAGUAUGGCAUGUUUACAUACAACGACAAGUCUAGGUGCUUCUGGUUCAACCCAGCUUGUGUGGACUGCAACCAGGAAUUCAACUUAGUCGGAGUUCUCAUGGGUCUAGCCGUUUACAACAGCAUCAUUCUAGACCUUCACUUCCCAGCCUGUACAUAUCGUAAACUCCUUAGUCCUGCCGUGGUGCCUUACAAUAACCCUGGGGCUGAGGUGGGCAGAACAGCGGUGACCCAGGAUGACCUGGCUCAGGUCAAUCCGGAACUUGCGCAUGGUUUAAAGGAACUCCUCGCCUACGAUGGCAACGUUGAGGAUGACCUGUGCAUGAGUUUCCAGAUAUCCCUGCCGGUUUAUGGGACUGUACAGACGAUUGAUCUGAAGCCAGAUGGGGCAAACAUUCCAGUCACCAAUGAAAACAGAAAAGAAUAUGUUGAGUUGUAUCUGAAGUAUCUCCUGAACGAGUCCAUCUAUGGGCAGUUUGCUGCCUUCUAUCACGGCUUCCACAGCGUCUGCGCCUCCAACGCACUGAUCAUGCUCAGACCGGAAGAAGUGGAGAUGCUGGUGUGUGGGAGUCCGAACCUAGACCUGGACGCAUUGGAGAAAGUCACGACGUACGAUGGGUUCACUAAAGAUGACCAGACUAUCAGGUACUUUUGGGAAGUUCUGAAGGCAUUCCCAGUCCCACUGCAGAAGAAGCUGAUGCUGUUUGCGACAGGGAGCGAUCGUAUCCCAAUCGGGGGUAUGGGAGAGAUGACAUUCAAGAUUGUCAAAGUUAACGCCUCCACCAGCAUGCUGCCCAUGUCGCACACAUGCUUCAACCAGCUCAUUCUGCCGCCCUACAAGAGCAGACGACAGCUGAAGCACAAGGUCACCAUCGCCAUCUCAAACGCCGAGGGCUUCGGUCUGGAGUAGACACUUGAAAACUGGUAACUCCCAUGAGGACAGUUUCUGUUACCUGCAACUAAUGUCUUGAGGGUUUGAGCCGAAGUUCUGAAGCCGUGAAGCAGAAAUGUUGCCUAGCAAACUAUGGUGUGCACUAAGCAAAAAUUAGCUGGGAACCAGUGAAUUGCAAUAUGCAUGUGUGCAACAUUAUGGCUGGUAACCUGGAAACUAUUCCAAUGCUUAACACUAUGGUAGUGUCUGAAUUACAGUCGAGGCUCGUUAACACAAACUCUUUUGGACCUAGCCAUAUUGUUUGUUAUUUCAGGAUUUUGUAUUAAGAAGAACAUCAGUCCCAUUCAUUGUGCACAUUAAUGCACAGUCGGGACUAAGGCUUUAUGUUUAUUAUAACCAGAAUUUUGUAUUAACAGAGUUUGUACUAAAGAGAGUCG